GAAAGGAAAGGAAAGGAAAGGAAAGGAAAGGAAAGGAAAGAAAAGAAAAGAAAAGAAAAGAAAAGAAAAGAAAAGAAAAGAAAAGAAAAGAAAAGAAAAGAAAAGGCAUUUGAAUCCUAAACCCAUCCAGACCUGCAUAGCAGGACCCUAAAGGAUUUAACUGGAGAAAUGCAACGUUGCCUCUUUUGAGGCAGGAUGAAGGAUGAAGGCGGCUUCAGGGACUCUGUCAGAAUUUAGAGGCCAUGGGGGAUCAGGACCUACCAGGGGUUUUGGUGUCUGGAUUUGAAGGGCCAUCUGGUAUAUGUAAAGAUCAUGUUGGAGAGUUGCAGAAACACUUUAAUCUCAUUACCAUGCAAGACCUUCUGGAAAAUAAAACACAAGCGGGUCCAAAAAUCCAGGCUGUAUAUAUCUGGAACAGAAAGCCAGUUGUUGAUCAGGAGCUCCUGCAGAGCCUGCCUGCCUUGAAGAUUGUUGCCAAUGCAGGAGCCGGUUUAGACCACCUAGACCUGAAGCUCAUCGCCAGCUUUGGCGUGAAGGUGGCCAACACACCGCAGGCUGUUUCCAGUCCCACGGCAGACAUGGGGAUGGCCUUACUGCUGGCGGCAGCCCGGAGAGUGGUGGAAGGUCACCAGUUGGCCACCUCACCAGAUACAAAGAACUUUUCCACAAACUGGCUGGGCCAGGAAGUGACGGGGUCCACCCUGGGUAUUAUCGGCAUGGGCAGUAUUGGCUACAAGGUCGCUCAGCGGGCCCGGGCAUUUGAAAUGAACAUUCUGUACCACAACAGGAAACGCAGGAAAUCAGAGGAGGAGGAAGCUGUUGGGGCCACUUACUGUGAGAGGCUGGAUGACCUGCUUCAGCGGUCAGACUUUGUGAUGUUGGCCCUGAGCCUGACACCCCAAACCCAGAAGCUGAUCGGGAGGAGGGAGCUGAGGCUGAUGAAACCUACAGCCAUCCUCGUCAACAUUGGCAGAGGUCUGUUAGUUGAUCAGGAUGCCCUGGUGGAAGCUCUUCAGACUGGAGUCAUUGGAGCAGCAGCGCUGGAUGUGUCGCACCCAGAGCCCCUGCCCAGAGACCAUCCUUUGUUGAAGUUGAAGAAUGUCACUCUGACACCUCACAUUGGAAGUGCAACUCAUCAAGCCAGAUGGCAGAUAAUGGAAAAUUUGGUUGGAAGUAUCCUGGCUUCUCUCAAUGGCCUUCCCAUUCCUAAUGAAGUGCUACUUAAAUGAUUUAUGUGGACUGAGGAUGCAGAGGGAUGAAAUAUGGCUUCCCCAUAAUAUGGCUAAUGGGAAAAAUAUUAUUUUGUGUGUUGUAUUUAUGUUCAAGUCCAAUACGUAGGUUGGUUUACUAUCAUUUUAUCUGAAAAACUUAGAAUAGUAACAAUACUGAUCAUCUAUUGAGAGCCUGGUAAGUGUCUUAAUUGCGUUCUCACUUCAUCCUCAAGGCAGCACUAUGAGGGAAGUGAUCAUCAUUCAUAAUGAAAUUGAGCACAGUUAUGUGUUUAACAUCCAGAAGUUGCAAAUAUUUGAAUUUGGAUUAAAACCCUGGGCUGGGUCAGUGCAUUUUCCAGUGGGCUGUUGCUUUCCAUUUUGUUAAAUUCCCAUAGUUUCUUGGAUUAGGUA